UGGAGCAAAAAUGAGCACAGACAAGAAGGCCACUGAGUUCAGGUGCAGGCUUGGUUCAGAAUUCUUGUUUGUUUCGAGGUCUCGUCCGAGGAACCACCGAAGCAAUAAUGAGGGAGUGCAUCUCUGUGCAUAUAGGCCAAGCUGGAGUCCAGAUGGGCAACUCCUGCUGGGAACUUUACUGUCUGGAACACGGCUUCCUUCCCGACGGGACCACCAGCGGCUCCGGUCCAGCUGACUCGUCCUUCGGGACGUUCUUCAGCGAAACUCAGGCAGGGAAGUACGUUCCCAGGGCCAUCUUCAUCGAUCUGGAGCCGACUGUGGUGGAUGAAAUCCGGACUGGAUGCUACCGGCAGCUGUACCAUCCAGAGCAGCUGAUCACCGGGAAGGAGGACGCUGCCAAUAACUACGCUCGCGGACACUACACCAUUGGCAAGGAGAUCGUCGACUCGGUGCUGGAUCGCAUGCGCAAGAUGUCUGACCAGUGCACAGGACUCCAGGGCUUCCUCAUCUUCCACAGUUUUGGAGGGGGAACUGGCUCUGGGUUCGCCUCUCUACUCAUGGAACGUCUGUCUGUGGACUACGGGAAGAAGUCCAAGCUGGAAUUUUCUGUGUACCCAGCUCCCCAGGUGUCCACGGCUGUGGUGGAGCCCUACAACUCCAUCCUGACCACCCACACCACCCUGGAGCACUCGGACUGCUCCUUCAUGGUUGACAACGAGGCCAUUUUCGACAUCUGUAAGCGCAACCUUGACGUGGAGCGCCCGUCCUACACCAACCUCAACCGCCUCGUUGCCCAGAUCAUUUCCUCCAUCACCGCCUCCUUGCGCUUUGACGGGGCCCUGAACGUUGACCUCACGGAGUUCCAGACCAACCUGGUGCCCUACCCUCGCAUCCACUUCCCCCUGGUCACCUACUCGCCCAUCAUCUCUGUGGAGAAGGCCUACCAUGAGCAGCUCUCCGUGAGCGAGAUCACAAACGCCUGCUUUGAACCCUCCAACCAGAUGGUGAAGUGCGACCCGCGUCGAGGAAAGUACAUGGCCUGCUGCCUGCUGUAUCGUGGCGACGUGGUACCCAAAGACGUAAACGCUGCCAUCGCCAGCAUCAAGACCCGUCGCUCCAUCCAGUUUGUGGACUGGUGCCCCACAGGCUUCAAGGUGGGCAUCAACUACCAGCCACCCACAGUUGUUCCUGGGGGAGACCUGGCCAAGGUGCAGAGGGCCGUGUGCAUGCUGAGCAACACCACUGCCAUUGCCGAGGCCUGGAGCCGCCUGGACCACAAGUUUGACCUGAUGUACGCCAAGCGGGCCUUUGUGCACUGGUACGUUGGCGAGGGCAUGGAGGAGGGAGAGUUCACCGAGGCCAGAGAGGACAUGGCAGCGCUGGAAAAGGACUAUGAGGAAGUUGGGAUGGAGUCUACAGAUGGCUGUGAAGAUGAGGAUGAUGAGUACUAAAUGCCAUGUUUGAAUAAAUCUAAGCAUUAAAGUUGCA